AUGGCAGCAGAUAUUGGACUACGCGUGUACAACGAGAGUGAUAAGAAAUCGAUGGUGAAUGUGUUUGAUUGUGUUAACAAAAUGAGAGGUGAUAGAAACGGCAUCGUUUCAUCCAAAGAUCUCUACAAAUACAUAUUCAAAGUAAGUCGUAUAUAGUCUGUAUAUGUGUAUAGUUUUUACUAGUUCAAUCUUAUGGGUAAAUUGCAACCAAUUUCUUGGAAACUUAAGGCUGCCUUUCCUGUGAAGCGUUUUCAUAUACGCACAGAACAUUUGGUGGUCUUCCACCGUGGAAACAUUAUGCUUUGCCGACACAGAAUAACCCACACAGAACAAUAUAAUUGAAAAGUGGAACAAUAGAAUAAACCAAUCAAUCGCAUACCUUUAUUUGCAAAUCAAAAUCUGUCUUAUGUUUUUUUUAGGUGUUGAAGAAUAUUACAGACAGUGCGUCAACAGUAAGUGAAUUUAGUAAUCGCGGAACUAUUUGCAUAUUAUACACUCAAUAAAUUAUCAAUUUAUAUACCACCGCUUUACUCAGUGAAUAACGUGUAUUCUAUAACGUGUUCUCUAUUUUAGUCAGACUCCAAACUCUGA